GUUUAAAAUUUAGCCAUGAAGAAUUGGAAUACAAAUAAGAUUUCAUGUGUAAUUAUUACUAAAUUUGUAAUAUAUCUAUACGUUAUCAGUUAUCAGUUUAGGUGUAUAAAAUGCUUGGAAUUCAGAGAUAUUUUGCCUGAGGAUGCAAAGCAAUACGAUAAAAUGAGACCACCCAAAAAAGAUGGAAUGGCCACCAAGGUACAUUUUCAUGUUACAGUGAUGGGUCUAGAUUCGAUAGAUGAAAAUGCCAUGACAUACGCUGCUGAUAUUUUUUUCGCUCAAACAUGGAAGGAUCAUAGGCUUCGAUUACCCGAAAAUAUGACUUCCGAUUACAGAUUAUUAGAAGUUGAUUGGUUGAAAAAUAUUUGGAGACCGGAUUCAUUUUUCAAAAAUGCUAAGGCAGUAACAUUUCAAACAAUGACUAUUCCUAAUCAUUACAUGUGGCUUUAUAAAGACAAAACAAUUCUUUAUAUGGUCAAAUUAACUUUGACUUUAUCGUGUGCAAUGAACUUUAUGAUAUAUCCACAUGAUACACAAGAAUGCAAACUUCAAAUGGAAAGCUUGUCACAUACCACUGAUGAUAUGAUAUUUCAGUGGGAUCCAGAUGUUCCGUUAGUUGUUGACGAAAAUAUUGAAUUACCUCAAUUACAAUUAGUUAAAAAUAAAACUGCCGAUUGCACUCAAGUUUAUUCCACUGGAAACUUUACAUGCCUAGAAGUAAUAUUCGUUCUUAAGCGAAGACUUGGAUACUAUUUAUUUCAUACUUACAUACCUACAUGUCUUAUCGUUAUUAUGUCGUGGGUUUCGUUUUGGAUCAAACCUGAAGCAGCUCCUGCUCGCGUAACAUUAGGCGUAACGUCACUACUAACGUUGUCAACACAACACGCUAAAUCUCAAGCUGCGUUACCUCCGGUUUCGUACUUGAAAGCAGUCGAUACAUUUAUGUCUGCGUGUACUGUAUUUGUGUUUAUGGCUUUAAUGGAAUACUGUUUGGUGAACAUUGUUUUGGGUGAUUCUGACAUGCCACCAAAACCUAUAAAUAAAAAAUCGUUCAAUUUCAGUUUUCGGAACAACUUAAAGCUAAUCGAUGGCCAUUCUAUUCCACCACCGCCCCGCCCGCCACCUCAAGCGACUGCAGCCGCCACCGCCGCUUUUACGGCCAAGACACAAAGGAAUCGCACUAGAGCCAUAAACAUUGAUCGAUUUUCAAGAGUGUUCUUCCCGUUGCUGUUCACCGUACUCAACAUGACGUACUGGAUCAUUUUUGCUCGAUUCUUGUAAUACGCCGUAUACCUAUUUUGUGUAUAUUUGUUAGUAAUACGUAGUGCACCUUAAAAGAGCACAUGACACUUUUUCAUUUACAUUAUUUAUUUAAUAGUUUAUUAUUAGAACCGUUGAGAAGAGUUUUGUAAAACUCCAAAGUAAAAGAAAUAUAUUUCAAAAGAUAUUAGGGGUCUAACAAAUCCGCGUGAUAUUGAGUUGAACUUAACACAGCCGCCCUCAAAUUAUACAGUAUAUGCAGAAAUUCCUCUCUUUACGUAAUGUUUUGCUAUAAAAUAUUAGUUAUUUAAAAUUUGAAGAAAAAAAUAAUUCUGGACUACAAUAAUAUAAUUCUAUCGGUAUAUGUUUGUACUGAAAUUUACCUCAAAUUAAAUUAAAAUUAUAUAAGUAUCAUUUUAAAGUAAAUAAAUCAUUGGUCAUAUGAUGUCUGGCUCAGUAAUGUCUCAAAGCUUCUUUAAAUUUCUCAUACCUAACUUAUUUAAUAAUGUGAGUAUGAAAAUGGUAAUUGGUAUGUAUACUUUUUUUUUUUUUUUUAGAAAUUAGUAAAUAACGGAUUCAACUAAAUUUUUGUGUUGUGUGUUCUUUUAAUAAUUAUAUAGUUUCUCCUUACUGAGUAUUUAUUAAUUGUGUAUUAUUACCUACUGGUUAUAAACUUUAAUUUAUAAGCAAAUAUUUUAUUAUCAAGGUUGGACAUUAGCAAGUGAAUAUAUAAAUGUAGAAGUUGAGUUCAAAGUUAGGUUACGUCUAUUUUAUUAAGUCAGCCUUUAAUUAAAUAUUUAACCAACUUUAUCUAUUUGGUCGUAUGAAUAACUAAUUUCUAUUAAAGUUAAUGUUUUUUUGUAAAUUUAAUUGAUACCCGGUGUGCAAAAUCCUAUAGCAUAGUAGUCGCAUAGUUGUCACACUGACGGUUAAGAAGUUACGAAUAAAUGCCUGUUAACUUUUCAGAGAUAUGUUAUGGACGCUUAACGCCAGGUUGAACGAAGUUACUGUAUGCGAUAUCAACAUGUGAUUACUAUGAGUAGUCAAUAAUGUCAUAUUGAGAGGUUAAUAAUGUUAGUACAUAAAGAUUAACGGAACUUCUCAUUUUCUGCGCAUAGACCUCGCAAUGAUUAUUGUCCAGAAAAUAAAAAUAACCUGAAGUUUAUUUCAUGCUCGCUGAGAUUUGAACCGUCCACCCCUUCCUACCUAUUCCUAGACCUAUACUACUGGGACACCCUAUCGAGACAUUGGGUAAUAAAUAAGUUAGUACCUAUACUAAAAGUAAAAGUAAACAUUAUAUAUGUAACAUUAUACAAUGAUGCGUUUAUAAAUAAAUCGGUGACGGUUUUUUAUAUCGAAACUGGUGGUAAAUAUACUUGUAUUUG